AUGGAGCUAGAGAGGGUUCCAUGGACACACAGACUGUUGCACUGUGGCUACCAGAAUCACAGCUUCACCCCUGAAGAAAAUACAGAAGGGACAUUCCUUAUGAAAAUGAUCAAAUGGCCAAAACCACCCAAACCUGCUGUGCCCUUUCAGAAAAGCAGUGACCCAGCACAUGUCCGCUUUGUAAUUUUAAAUUCUACAAAGACUUUCUACGUUGGGGAUCAGUUACAAGUGAUACUGCAAAUGAUUGAUUUUGAAGGCCACCCAAAGCAAUAUGGGGGUGACUAUCUCCAAGGCCGGAUCCACACCCCAGCUUUAAAAGCUGGUUCAGCAGGAACAGUUAUAGAUAACCAAAAUGGACUUUACUAUAUAAAUUUUAAUUUAUCUUGGCCAGGGAAAGUUGAAGUGUCUGUUUUCCUGGUCCAUCCAAGUGAAGGAAUCCAAGUGCUUGAAAGGCUACGCAAUGAGCGACCAGACAGAGUGUAUUUUAAAAGUGCCUUCAAAUCAGGAAAUUCUUUCCAGACCACUGUAUGUAAUCUUUGUUUGCCUCAAUCUAAACCGCUCUGUGACUUUGGCGAUUACAGGACCGGGGAGCCCUGGUUCUGUUACAAACCAAAGAAGCUUCCCUGCUCUGCUCGUAUCAACCAUAUAAUGGGGGGUUACGAGCAGAACCUCUUAAUUGGAGAAGAAGGACAUUAUUUUCAAAGUGAAGUCAAUGUCAAGAAGCCUAUAUUACCCGAUGGUCCGGGUUAUGUAACUGUGGAGUCUUCAGCUCUAAAAAACACGCAUAAUUCUUCACUCAAGCUCGGGAGUGGGACUUCACCAUCUGGAUUUUAUUAUCAGGACCAGUGGGUGUCAACAACCUGUAACAUUCGGCACUAUAACACUCCUGAAAAUAUCAUGGAUUGUCUCCAUGGGAAAAAGGUUUACAUUUUCGGAGAUUCCACUAUACGGCAGUGGUUUGAAUAUUUGACAGAAUUUGUGCCAGGGCUGAGGAAGUUUGAUCUCGGCAAUUCUAAAAAAACCGGCCCUCAUCUCGCUUUGGAUAUAGACAACAAGAUCAAAGUGGAAUAUUAUGCCCAUGGCACACCCAUCCGAAUCUUACCCAUUUCAAGUCAGGAUCUACCAUAUAUUGCAAAUAAACUGGAUGAGAUUAAAGGAGGAAAGAGCACCAUUAUAGCCCUCACCAUAUGGUGUCAUUUCAACACUUUUCCAGUUGAAUCGUACAUCCGAAGGCUCCAGAACAUCCGCAGGUCAAUUCUACGAUUGCUGGACAGGGGUCCAGACACACUGGUUGUAAUAAAGACUGCCAAUGUCCAGGCCCUUCCACGGGACAUCAGUCUCUAUAACAGUGACUGGUAUUCCUAUCAACUAGAUUUAGUGAUGAGAAAGAUGUUUGAGGGCAUCAACGUGUCAUUUGUGGAUGCCUGGGAGAUGACAAUAGCACAUUAACUGCCUCAUGAAUUACAUCCCCAGCAAGUCAUUAUAAAGAAUGAAGUAGAUGUGUUUCUUUCAUAUGUAUGUUCUUUGGAAAAGAUUCCAUUGGUGACUGUUGCCCUCUGGUCAUUACUGGAUGCGAGCAUAGAAAAUAAAUAUAAUAACCGCAAACAUUUAAGCUGGAUCCUGUUCCUUGGUCAACAUCUCCAGCUCUCAUUGAAGAACAGAUCAAUGAAGAACUAUUGGGAAUGCAAAGAUAAUGGAAAGAGAUACCAACCUUUCGCAUGUGAAGAUAUCAGUAGUCAUUUGGCUGUUGAUGGUUUAAUAACACUGGCAGGUUUACAGGAGCUGGGAAAGAUAUCACAGAACUUUUACAAGACAAAAUUCAGAUGUUGUGGCAGUGGAGGGCAAGGACAUCGAGAGGCAACAUGUUUCCUUAAGGGUUAUGUCCUUACCCAGCCCCCUGCUAGUGAAGAUGGACAGUUUCCACAAGAUAAACUUAUGGUUGUAGUGUUUUUUGCCGAAACCAGGCUCUUGUGGUUUUGGUCACAAAUCCUUACUGACUCCCCUGCCUGGAGUUCUGGUAAAAGCCCAAAAGUCACAUCCUUGUUGAUGAUAUGA